AUGGCCACCGAAACCGAGACUUUAUCCUUUUCACUGCCUACGAGCACCGCUCCCACCGACGUUUCUGAGUCGACAUGCAUGCCUCACUCGGGACCCUUUCUCCAACAACAAUCCGCAUUUCCACCACAGCACAUACCCGCCGAGUGGGAUACUCGGAUACCACCAAUGCAAACACCCGCGACACACGCACAGCAAUUUUGUAACGAGAGCUCAUCAAGCGGAAGCGGAAGCGGCUGUUUCAAUGAUGGAGGUCUCUUAUACAGGGUCCAGGCUGAGCGCGAAUGUCGAGAGGGACCUGGCAAAACUGUCGAAGAGGCUUGUCAACGUUCUCUAAACCAUUUUCCCUGUCCGGGACUCGCCUUUCCGAUGCCAGCUCUCGAUUUCGAUUUCAGAAUUGCUGUCCGUUUGAACCAAGACGCUGUUCAUGUGGAUUCAGGCAAUACCAAAGAAAUCACUACCGUUGCAGCCGGAGUAUGGUCCGGAUCAUUUGGCCACGGCCGCGUCAUUGCAGGCGGUUAUGAUCUUGGUCAAGCACGCGGUUUUCGACCCAUGAGACUUGUUGAGGGUGCCUUUGUAAUUCAGACAAGCGAUGAACAGCCCGCACUACUUGAAAUGCGCACGCGAGGUUCCCUCUCAGGACCCGCAGACGUGCUUGACACUCUAUUAAGCCCCAAGGCACCAAAGGAUAUCGACCCACGACGCUACGGCUUCCGCAUGUUCGCGACUUUCAAGACGUCCGACAAGCGAUACGCCGAGAUUGUCAACUGUGGAUUAUGGGUCGCCAGUGGUGCCUGGCGUGGCGAACACUUGGUUAUCGAUGCCUACCGUGUUACAUAA